GUUAUGGUUUUUUAAUUGUAAAAAAGAUAUGUUUCAAUUUCUAUUGAACCUGGUUUCUUUUCUUUCUCUUUUAACAAGUAUGUUCUAAUUUUAAGUUGGGAUUUUCCCAAAUUGAAUGUUUGUUUCUGUUCACUGCCUUCAAACUUAAACAUUUUCUACACGGGUGAAGGAUCAUUAAUUCACAUUUUGUAUUUUCUUCAUCAACAAUACCUCCGAAAUAUGGAACGAAAGUUGAUUUGGUCUAUCACUACCUAAGUGUACUUUCGUUUUGCCUCCGAUUGUUUUCAAUAUUAAUGUUGUACUUUCGAUUUAGACAUUUGAUGUUGAGGUCUUCUUACAUGGGCAAUGGCAUCAAACGACAUGAAUAAAGAGAUGAAAUAUUUGGAGCAGCUUAUCCAGGAGCGAUUCAACACAGUGUUUCAGAUGUUGGAAACCAUGGACACCAGAUUUCAGAGUCUAGCCCAAGAUUCCUCAGAGAUGUACGGCAUAUUGGAAGAGUUAGUGGACUCCGUCGGGGCAAUCAAAACGUCAUCACGUAAGACCCAAACCUUUGUACGACGAAUUUCACAGAACCUAAAUGGGCCUAAUGACUUUUCUCGACUUUCUCGUCUUAAAAAUUCCCUGUAUGGUUCCAUGGAGAGUGUACGCACUCGCUCACCAGCUUCCAGAGAAUCCGAUACAGAUGAUUCUCCCCAUGAUCGUCCUCCACGUGAAAAGUAUAGUGACAUAUUAAAAAAACGAAGGCAAAAUCCACCAUAUUCAUAUGCGAAAAGGCAUUCAGCUCCAUUAGGAACAUCAAAUCUCAGACCUACCAGUCCAUUGAUUCUUAAAGAGAAGGAUGAGUCAGGACAAGAGAGAGGAACAAUAAAAGACAAUGUAAAUGAAAACCCAACAAACGAAAAUGUUCCUUCAGAACCAGGCCCCACAGUUGUUUCUGACCCUCCACCUGACGUCAAACCGAAAAAAGUGGCUGCUCCUUCACCGAAUGUUCCUAUUGCUGAGCCCCCACUGGAUGACCCCAAAGAUGUGCCCCCACCCCAAGCUACUCCAGUGGACUACCAGAGCCCAGAAAGCUUCCUACAGUCCACCAAUGUACAAAUCCAGGAUCCAAAUCUGAUGUCUGCUCUCAGAAGCGUGUUUAAUGACACCCCCACUCAUCCACAGUUUCCAACUGGUUUGUACACGGUCCUAUUGAUUGAUGUCUCCACUAGUAUCAACAAAGCCAUGUUCAAAGAAAUGCAGCACUUCAUAGAUCAAAUGGUAGAUGAAGUGGAGACUUCUGCCUCUGAUCACAACUUGGAGGAAAUGAUGGCUAUUUUGACAUUUGGAGGACGGUGUGAGGUCAUCCAGCAUUUCACCAAUGAUUAUAUGCCCAUCAAAGAUGCCUUACAAGAAAAAGUGAAGCUUGGUGGAAAAACUCCAAUGUUGUUUGGACUAGCAAUGGCUGUGGCAUAUUGUCACAAGUUUGGGAAGCGGGUGAAAGUAAAUGGACACAUUGUAAAUCAAAGAAUUUUGAUGAUUACUGAUGGUUACCCAACAGACAGCCAUGACAAAGAUGCCUGUCAUGGAACAGACUACGAAACCAACGGUAUUAAGGUGCAGUCAGAAGUGUUUAAAUUUUUGCCCAUCCUAGAACGCUCCCCCAUCACUGUCAGCUGCAUCGGAGUGGGAGAAUGUAACCAGGUUUUCUUGAAAGACAUUGCUGAAAGGGGUCAUGGACAUUUUUAUUCAAUGUCAAAUACCCAAAAUGCACUAAAACUAGGUCGCUACUACCUUUACCAGGACCCAGUAACCCGGGCGAGGACAGCCAUCAGCCAGGAUAAUGGACGGAGUGACCCCAAGACCAUUGCACUUCAACACACCACGGCCACUCACUUAACGGACACAGACAUGGCAGAAAUACUUCACCUUUUAAAAAUUGACAAUGAUAGCAGAAAUCCCCUCCCUGCCCCUCCGCCCACAAAAAAAGAACACCCAAAACCCAAUAUCAAACAAGAACCAGACCCCCUACCCACACCUAAACCUGUACAACCUCCCCCGCAUGUCAGUGAAAAACCCGUGAUAAAAGACCCACCCCCAAAUAUUCCUCCACCAGGGUUGACUGUUCCUCCCCAGCCUAAAGUCAGUCAUUUGAAGACAGACCCCCCAAAUCUAACGAGAGAAGUUAGUGUGGUGCCAUCAUCACCAGACGUCAGCCUUUCUGAGUCAGAUGGGGAACUCUUUGAGUCCUAUGGAGCGCCGCACAACCGCUGUUUUCCGUGGGGAACUCGGGUAAUCAGGGGAGAAGACUGGAAGUGGCCUGACGAUCAAAACAUGCCGGGAACUGUGGUAGCUCAUAAAGCAGAGGGAGUGGUUGUAGUUAAAUGGGAUUGUGGAUCCCAUGGAGAAUAUCCACAGGAAAACCUAUUCCGUAUCAAUGACCCAAGAGCACUCAAGCCUGGAGAAGUUAUUGAUGUUGGAUGUCUAGUCAAGCGUGGACCUAAUUGGAACCGAGGUGAUGAAGAUGGUGGUCCAGAAACAACCGGCACAGUGAUCCGCAAACACAGAAAUAACAAAGUCUCUGUAAUUUGGCCAAUUGGAAUUGUUGAUCGCUAUUCAUAUGGUGAGGGAAACAAGGAACUGGAAGUGGUAGGUAGUGGUGCCACAGCGGCUGCUCAACCUAGUUUUGUAGGUGCUCCUGGGAUGGACCCAAUAGAACCAGACACCAGGGAACCUAUGGACGGAGAAGAAGUGGUGUGGCAAUGGAUUGACUGUGAAACCAAUGAAUUCCACACAUUCUCAAAAGAUGAGAAAGACAAGCUUGAAGAUAUUUAUAAAAAGAAGACAGGGACGGUGCUUGUCGGCUACAAGGGGCAACAACUGCGUUGUCAACCCGCACAGUGGAAGUAUAGAGAUUAUACAGUAAAAAGCAGGACAGGAAAACUACAUCGAAGAGUGUGUACCCAUGAUGAAGCCCAAACAUUCUAUCUAAUUGAGGCAUUAUGAAACUGCAGUAUUUCAAGAUAGUGUGACAUGGAUUCAGAAUUCUCCCACUGAAGAUAAACACUACAAUUGAGGUAGCUGGAAAGCUAUCAAUUUGACGUGGAUAUUAUUUUUCUUUAUAAUAUUGACGUUUUUACCACUGUGUAUAAAUCAAGUCUAGAAUUUUGCUGAACAUGAUCUUUGUAGGAGUCAACCAGAAAGGAGAAUUGAUGUAAUAAAAAACAAACACUUCAUAUUCUAUUGUUUUAAAUUAUAUUUGAAGUCUUUUUGUUAACUAAGUUUUUUGUUUGUUUAGAAGUUGAUGUUAAAACAGCCAUACCAUUUGUAGAUAUUUUUUUUUGCUCCUUUUCCAUUUGAGAUGUAAGAUGUACUUUUUUGUCAGUAUUAUAUGUGAGGUGUUGAACAAAAGAUUAUUACCAUUUGAUCGACUGCUUUUUUAUAUUUCACAUUAUGAAAAGUUGUUUUUUUUUUUAGUAUGAAUGAUUUUCAUAUUGUUAGUUAUUUGGUAUGGAAAGGGAAUGAUGUGUAUUGUCAGUGUUUUCUGUAAACUGUAUUUAUGGUGUAACAGCUCUACGAGGGACCUACAAUCAUUGGCUCAAUGAUAAUCCGUUAUUUUUUUAUUUAGUACAAAUUGUUCUUGCUGACAUUUGCUUUAGAGCAGCUGUGGUAAUUAUAGUUGGUUAAAUGUGUACCACAUCACCAGAUAUUGGUGUAUUUGCCAGACCAUGAUUGACCUGUAUUUUAGCUAGAAAAUCUAAAAUAAUGAUGGAAUUACUUUCAAAUUUAAGGUUUCUAUAAACUUUAUCCAAAGAGCAUCAGUCUUAUGUAGUACACAUAUUUCCAAACUUGUUUUUAAUUACCGGUAAGUGCCAAUAUGUUUUAUAUGUGUCAAUAAUUUUUCAUUGUUGUUUUCUUUUUUAUCAUUUACUGGACAUAUUUAUUUGAUCAAAAAAUAAUAUUCACCAAGAUCUGUCAUUAUAAUGUGAAGUUUUUAAGACUAGUAGUGGAAGAUUACUAGGGAGUUUGGAACUCUCAAUAAAUGUUACCAUUUUAUGUAUAGUCAUUCACAUGUUUCACAAUAAAGAAUUUAUGUAAAUAGACUUAAUUUAGGAGUAAAUAGGGUCUUUUGUUCUGAUCCAUGACUGCUAAUUCAAGCAUAUGAUGAUGCAAUUUGAAAAUGCAUACAGAAGCUUUUUUUUUCUUCUCAAAUGUGUUAAUUUACAGUUAUGCUGAUCAAAUGCAGGGGUAUCUUUAUAUGUGCUGUUUCAUGGAUGUUUAAAACAGUCAGAGAUUCUUCUCUUGUGCUGUCACUUAGACGGACUUCUUGUGUAUUCUCUUUGUUUUAAAAUAUGAAUACAUGAAAGAUAAUGACAUUACUCAAAAUACGAUAAGAAUGCACAAUUUUAUCAUUAAAGAUUGAGAUUUAAUUCUUUUCCAUCAUUACCGAUACGUAGAAUAAA